AUGUCGUCGACAAAGGUCAUAGACAAGGGCAAAAGCAAGGCUAUCCCUAAAAUUGUGCAAUCCGCCUUGCACGACUCGUCAACUUCUACCUCAGACUCGGACAGCGAUUCAAGUAGCGAUUCUUCAGACUCAGAGAAAGAUAAAGAUAUUACUCCAGAAUAUCUGAAAUCACUCAUAGAGACGGCCAGACAGAAUGCAAUAGAAAAGGAGAGGCAGAUGCAGAUAUCAAAAGAUGGUGCAAUGGAGGAAGACAUAAUCAAAGUAGACGAUACCAAAGACCGACCUUUACCACCGUUGAACCCAGGUACACUUCCCGCACCAUAUUUUGAAUUUGGGGAAGGUCGUUUUGGACCUGUGUCAAUACGAGAUCCCGACAUCGAACGGGCAAUAGCUAUGACGUCUUCAAUCCUCGCACCUGCACCCCCUGCACCCCCACCUGAACUCACCAAGUCGGGAAAACCACCAACUAAGAAGGAAAUAAAAGCGGUAUGUGUGCCUUUACUUUCGCUUGGCCAUCGAAAUUCAUACACGUUUCAGAUGAAGAACAAAACUGCAGGACCCAGCUGGUAUGAUCUUCCCGCUCCCUCCGAGGCUGAUUUACCCCGGUUAUAUCGGGAGGUCGAGGCUCUUCGUUUGCGAAAUCAGUUGGAUCCAAAGCGUUUUUAUAAGAAAGACGAGGGCGAAGGCAAAGGUAUCAAAGGGCUACCUAAACAUUUCGCCAUUGGCACUAUACUUCCAUCGAGUACACCUUUCGGGACAGCUAGUACCGACAAUCUUCCUCGCUCUCAGAGGAAGAGGACAUUUGUUGACGAGCUGGUUGAUGAUGCAGAGGCGAAGAGGUAUGCUAAGAAGAAAUUCGACGAGUUGCAGUCAGUCAGGGGGGCGAAGGGGAGGGCAACACUACAUAAAAAGAAUGCCCUGCGCAAACCAAAGUGGUGA